AGAUACAAUGGGUCAUUAAAAUCACACUGCUAAGCCUUAUAUCUACAAUGGUCAGUUCUUCUGAGAGAUAUACAGAUUAUUGACAAAAGUUGUUCGUGUUAAUAUGGAGAUGUUUUGGAUUUACUGGAUUGUAUUCACAUAUCUUUCAAAGUCACUAGAGGCAGCAAAGUUCUUCAUUCCAAAGUUACAACUACCAAGAAAUCACGACCCUCUUUUAAACAACAAUGACGUUUCAAACCCCGAUUUUUCAAGAAGAUGUGUGUCAAAAUAUUGGUUUGGGGACCCUUUAACAAACACAACUCAUGGAAUAUGCAACUAUUUUGUAUGUAAUCACGGUAUAUAUACUAAAACAGCAUGCCCAAGUGGACUUAGUGUACUUGGGUCAUUAAAAAACCGAUGGCAUAAAAAGAGAAUGGGCUUAGAGGAAAUGCCCUGUAAGAAACCACACCAGAAAUGUAGGACGCGGAUAGCUGCGGGUAGUGGCAACGAAACAGACGGACGGGAAGGCGUGUUGUCCAGAAAACCUAUCAAAGUCUGUGGGAUAGAUUUGGUCUGGGCCGUGGAUAUAUCAUGUUCUAUCGAUCCGGACUCAAAGAAGAAAGUUCGGAACUUUAUUGUGAAGGCAACAAAUAAGAUUCCCGUAAGAGCUCAAUAUUCGCAAGUUGGAGUCUUGACGUUUUCUGAAAAAGUAUAUCACGUGGCAUAUAUGAAUGAGUUUAAACGUCAGGGUAAGCUCAUGGACCAGAUAAAGAAAAUGAAACUUGAACCAGAUGAUUGUGGUACGGUUACUAAUGAGGCUCUCUAUGAAGCUAGAACCAAGUACUUCUCUGAAGAGUUGGGUGCUCGAAAGAAGAGAAAAAAAGUUCUAAUUGUUCUUUCUGAUGGUUUCACAUACCCCAGAUCCAACAUAGAAGAUACAUUCAAACAAGCUAAAGACGUCCACAAAGCUGGAAUAGAAGCAUUUGUGUUAGGAAUGCCAAAUGCUAAACUUGUUGAACAAGGAGCCGAUAAUAUUUUUGCCGGGCAAGAAGAAUGGGAAGCAAUAGCUACUAAACCAGAGAAUAUCUUUAAACUCACAUCCUUUGAUGAUCUUGGCAAAAUUAUUACUAGAAUUAUUAAAGAGGCCUGUCUGACAAUUGGUAUACCAGGCUCCAACUGAGGAAACGACAAUGGAAAUCACUAUUCUUUCAAGCAAACAUAUGUGGAUACACGUCGUAAAUGCAUAGAGGGCCUUAGAGAAGGCUACACGUUUUAAUAGAACUUGUACGUGAGCCUGUAGAAAUAUUCUCCUUUAGGGAUUAGUCCUUCCCUUGAUAGCAAUUGCUAUCCCAGUUGAGGAAGGUAUAUGUAAAAUAGUUAUAAUUAGGGCUAGUCACUAGAAAAAACAAUUGAGAGAAGGACAGCAAUCCCGGGGGUCAUAAUUUUACAUGUUCACAUACACGUUAUCGUUCUCUUAAAACGUGUAGCGUUAACCUCUCUAAUUAUACGCCCAGUUGUAUUUAUUGUUGUUAUUAGUAUUCUGCUGGAAAAGCAAUAUCUGUUUUUGAUAAUAAAAUAUUAAAUAUAAAUUGUA